AUGGAGCGGUACGACGACGUCCUCGCACGGCUGGCGACCGAUGGCGCCCGCGCGAUCGACUUGCUACGCGCUGCUGCACGGCAAGCGCAUGCAGCCGACGAAGCGGUCAUGGGCUACGCGCUUCAGUUUAGCAAUGACGACCUCUGUUUUGAGCUCCUUCAAGGCCACGAUAGGCGCUUCUUUGACGCCCUGCGCAUCACCGGCGACUACGACUUGGCGCUAACGCAGUCCCUGCAGUCGAAGCUGGUCACUUUUACAUCGUCUGCGAUCCCCGACAUGGUGCUGCAAGGUGUGGCCAGCGUCAAGGUGCACAUGACCCGCGGCCGCGAUGUCCACGGUGUGCGCCUGCUCUUUUGGCCCAAGACGCACCGCGCGCGCCUCGCAGGGAUACCAACGUCCAUUCAGUGGCUCGUCCGCGCGGUCGACGACCCGCACGGCAGCACACUCACCCUUCUCGGAGCCUCGGACGUCGCUGUGGUCGCGGCCGAGAUCUUCGCGGCCUGUCGCGACCCGCUGCUCUCGUCGUCGGGCCCGAGCCUCGCCUGUCUCUUCCUCGAGUCGUACUGGACGCUCCAGUCGGACGUGCCCAUUAUGACCGCCGGCGCCUGGAUGCAAGCGGUCUCGACCAAGUUUGGCUGGGAGCGUCUCCUGUCGCCGUUGCUGUCGCUACUCCGCCGCUGGAGCCAGACCCAUCUCGUCGAGGUCUUCCAGCUCGUCGCGAGUCUCGGUGGCGUGGACCCGACGCCCGUCUGCCGCCGGCUCGAGGCGGCUUUUCUUGGCGAGCUCAUGCGUGCCUGCUGGGACCAGUACGUCCGCGUCACGGCGUUCGAGAUCGUGGCCGGCACGUGGCUCCACGAUCGGCUCCCGACGAGCCUGCUCCUCGAGAUUGCUGCGUUUCGCGCGACGGAUGCGUGCCGCAUUGCGGCUCUUGUGGCGCAGCAUCCAACGUCGUUUCCGCCGAUCGCCGUUGUGACACCGGCGGUGUGGGCCGCGCAGGACGCUUACUCCGGCCUUUCUCUCAUCGCACCAAAAGCGGCACACUGUGCCCCCGCGGCUGCCUUUGAUGACGUCGCGUGGGGCACCAUCCAGCUCGUCGACGUCAUGGCCACAACGCUCUUGGUGGCGAUGCAAGACGCCGGUGGAUGGAGCGCGACGUUCCUCGACGCGUGCUACGCCCACGCCGGCCUCGCGCUGCUCCCUGCCCUCGUCUCGGUGCUCUCGGUGCACCCGUCACUGGAGGCGCGAAACGAAGUCGUUUUGAUGCUGCAGCGCGCCCCCGAGUUGCUGCGUAGCACACUGUCGCUCGAUACACCGGGCCAUCUCGCGCGGUAUUUCGCUCUAAAUGGUCGACGGGCCGCCAUACGAAAGCGCCCGCUGUCGACCAGCGAUGUCCAGCUGGAGCUGCUGCUGACGGUCCUCAACGGAUUGACAUCGACGGGCCAGAUCGACGCGCUCGUGACCAACGUGCUGCGCGAGCUCGAUGGGGCACCCUGGGCGCUCCACGCCCACCGCUCCGUGAUCUAUCGCCUUUUGCAUUACGUCGUGACGCCGCACGCACGGCUUCGUCUCGUCCAAGCAUGCUUGGAAUGCCACAAGACCGCAUCGCGCACGUCUCUCCCGCUGUGGGAUGCAACCAUCGACGACAUUUACGUGGCGUGCGACUGCGCCGCAUGUGCGAUGCUACGCCGCCACCUCUUGUCGGACACGAGCUACCCGCUCAAGAUGACGGGCCCCGUCCCGCGCUGUCUGCGCUGUCUUAUCUAUGAACACAGCGACCGUCUGUGUCUCGAGCGGGAGGACGCAAGCGGCUAUCACGUCCGCAAGACGCCGCGGAAGGGGAGCAUCGACUACCAAGGCUGCAAGAAGACACUGAGCAUGGAGCAAAUCGAGAAAGGUCCCGACGGCGACAUGCACCGAGAGAUGGCGCUUCAAGAAUUGGAGGCUGCGUCGCUCCAGGACCUGCAGCCACCGUCAAGCGACGCUGGUUUUGGUUCCGCUAGCUGCAUCGUCCCGCGAUCCAACAUUGGAUGGAGUUUUACCUGA